CUGGGAGUGAUCAACUGUCCACCGUUUUCACCCCAAAGUCUUCUGGAUGAUGAUGAUGAAAUAUUGGACUAUUUGAAGAAAGAGUAUCCUCUACCCUUUCAGCUUUAUUUGACUCAACUUCCCAGGAUGAGUCCGUUUUCCUGUUUGCUAGACAUGGUCGUCUCCCUCUAUGGACAAGAAAAUGAAGAUCAGAUUAAAGACAAACUGAAGAAAAUUGUUGAUAAAAUGAAAAAAGACCCCACAAGUAAUAAGAAAGAAGAAAGUUCCAAGAAAAAAAAAGAAAGGAAACCAAAGAUUUUCUUCUCCUCCACCAUCUGCAUCUCUCGUAUCAACAUCUCUAGUUCCUGUAUAUAUUAUGGGGUGUCUAUGUCCACUAAAGGUCGCCCUGCAGGAGAAAUCCUGGUUGCUUCGUCCUGCUUUAGUUUUUGGCAUAGACUUGUAUCUGAUGCUGUAAUGACAUAUUAUCCAGAUAAACAGAAAAAGUCAUACUUUAGCAGAAACAUCAAGAUACCCACUGACAUCAAAUGUGAGGCUUUCAAUAUCAGUGAGGGAAGACCAAUGGAUCCUUGCACAUCUUGCAGUGAUUUGUUUGGUUUGGACACAAAUGAAUGCCGGCGUUGGGCACAUGGCAGCUGUGCUGAGGUUGAGAGUCUGAGCAAUUUAUUUAAGGGGGAACAACAUGUUAUGGAGGGACUAGGACCAGAUGAAAAUGAACAAGAAGGCAGGCUGAGAGCUGAAAAGAGGGUUUUAAAGCAUCUUAAAAAACAACUGAAAAUUUUUAAAGAUUUUAAUUGGGAUGGUAGAUUCUACCCUAACCUGAACCCAAACACAAACUAAUUCUAGUAAAACUCAAUUGAAUUACUUUACAGUUUAUAAAAAUUGAUGUUAAUAACUUUUACAACUCAGUUGUUUGGUUCAUGUUGGUGCCUGACAAUAUUUGAACUGUUUUCCAGAUUUACAAACAGUCUAGAAAAUUGCUUUAAACAUAAAACUUUGUUUACCAUUUCAUUUAUGUAUCAGUUAAGUACCAACACUUUUCUGCACAUUCUGUAGUUGUUUAAUUAAAAUCAUCAAAUCAAUCUGUUUUGAUCCAUUUGAUAGUUUUUCAAAUGAUCUGUAAAAUCUGUCAAAUAAAUGAUUGAUUGAACUUA